AUAAAUGUAAAUGUAAACAUUUCUUUGUUUUUAGAUAAUGAGGAUCCCAGAAUCAUGUGCCCAGAUGACUUGAUUAGGUAUACUGAUGUUGGACGAGCCAAUACCACUGUCACUCUACCUGCUGCAACAACAAGUGACAACUCUGUGACAUCAUUGACAGUGACUACCAAUCCAUCUGGGUCUCCUGUCCUUGGUAUUGGCAACCAUACUGUGACAUACACGGUUACUGAUGAUAGUGGGAAUCCUGCAUCAUGCAAUAUCACAGUCACAAUCAGAGAUGAAGAGCGGCCCAAUCUGAUUUGUCCAGCCAACAUCACAAGGCACACAGAUGAGGGUCAGUCAUUUGCCACUGAGACCUACAGCCCUCUUGUUCUGUCUGAUAAUGAUGGGAACAUGCCAAAUCUGACGUCAGACCACCCUGGAAACACCUUUUCAAUUGGAGAGACAAUUGUCACAUUGACUGCAAGAGAUUUGUCAGGCAAUGAGAUUAAUUGUUCAUUCUCCAUAAUUGUCGAAGACAAUGAGGAUCCCCGUCUCAUGUGCCCGGAUGACUUGAUAAGGAAUACCGAUGUUGGACAAGCCAAUACCACCGUCAUUCUACCUGCUGCUACAGCAAGUGACAACUCUAUGACAUCAUUGACAGUGACUACCAAUCCAUCUGGGUCUCCUGUCCUUGGUAUUGGCAACCAUACUGUGACAUACACGGUUACUGAUGACAGUGGGAAUCCUGCAUCAUGCAAUAUCACAGUCACAGUCAGAGAUAAAGAACCGCCCAACCUGAUGUGCCCGGCCAACAUUACAAGGCAAACAGAUACCGAUCAGUCAUUUGCCACUGAGACCUAUAGCCCUCUUGUUCUGUCUGAUAAUGAUGGGAACAUGCCAAAUCUGACGUCAGACCACCCUGGAAACACCUUUGCGAUUGGAGAGACAAUUGUCACAUUGACUGCAAGAGAUUUGUCAGGCAAUGAGAUUAAUUGUUCAUUCUCCAUAACUGUUGAAGACUCUCAACCUCCAGCUCUGGAGUGUCCGUCUGAGGUCAUAGUGUACACUGAUCAGCUAGUCUUCCCCCUGCAAUUCUCAGGUUAUGCCUCGUGGACAAUCAACGUAACCGACAAUUCACAAAUGCCAUUGCUCCGAAACGAAUCCACACACCAGUCUGGCAGUUUCUUCAACACUUCCAUUACGAAUGUCACGCACACGGUAGUGGAUGCCUACAAUAAUGUUAAUCAGUGCUCCUUCUGUGUCAUAAUCAUGGGAUUUGUGAAUACCAUCUGCAACCCAUCUGGAAGCGACUUGGACCUGUCUGAACUGGCCGGCAGGGGAGUCCGAUACCAUUUGCUUUCGCCAAACUUCAACAUAAGUGAAACUUACCCCAGCAACAGCGAUUGCACAUGGCGCAUCUCAGCGCCUGCCGGCACCCACAUACGCGUCCGCUUUGAGGCGUUUGACACUGAGUUUGGCAAAGAUGUUCUCACCUUGGGUAAUGGCCUUGACUUUGCCCUGAUCAACACAAGCCUGGCAAGGUACAGCGGCAAGUUGGUGGAGCUGGUGAAUGGCACGCAUCACACCAAGGACCGAGUAUACGGCAAUGCCAUCUGGCUUCAUUUUGUGUCCGACCAGACCUUCGUGCAAAAAUUCUUUGGUUUCUGGCUUCAGUUUGACUACAUAUCUGAUCCACGCUCAUUGUACCCAGCCUCUCAUUCGUUCUGUUCUGAGUUUGACGGGUUCCCUUGUCUGGACGGGUCAUGCGUCAACAUUUCCAAGCGAUGUGAUGGUGUUGCCAAUGACUGCCCCAGCAACGAAGACGAAACAGACUGCCCUCAAGUUUGUUCUGGGUCACUGCCACCCCAGAGUGCCAACUUUACAGCCGAUAACGGUGUGUAUUACACAGACAUUGUGUCGGAUAAUUACCCCGGCGAGUACCGACCAUGCAACAUGCGAUGGAACAUUGAUUCAAACUUUGUUCAAUCUGUUCGCAUUGUGGUGAUGGAUAUUCAAAUUGGGGCUCAGGACCGGCUGUACAUCGUAGACCAGGGCACAGGGAAUGCAGUGACGUCAGACAUCGACUCAUUGGUCAGCCUGCAUAUAACGAGCAGCACGAGCCUUGCCGUGAUCUUUGAGAGCUCAGGUGGAGCGCAGCAUGGCUUCUGGAUCAGGGUGUGGCGAUACAUCCCUGGGAGAAAUGAUUUUCUUGACUUCCCUGCAUACUGCGAGAAAGCCUUGCACGGCGUGCUCUGUGGUACCGGCACAAGCGGCAUCGCCACCUGUUUCCCUGACACAGAGAGAUGCGAUGGGGACACAGACUGCUUGACCUUCAACAAUGAUGAGAGGGACUGCCAAGCAGCCUCAUACGAUUGCGGCAACACCACCAUAAGUUUGGGUAAUCAGGGGAGUAUGUACCACCUGACCUCAGUCAACUACCCAGCCGAUUUCCUGUACGGCAUCAGCUGUCGCUACUUUGUGACUACCACUGCGGCCAGGAUCCUGGCCAGCUUCCGGGACGUAGAGAUCCCCGCCACAACCUCAAAUGACUAUCUACGCAUUGGCAAUGGGGACACCGUCAGUGACGCCACAGAGAUCCUGCGCGUGACCGGAGUCUUUCUGCCCCAGGACGUCGUGUCUGAGGGCAACCGCCUGUGGUUUGAAUUCAUCAGUGAUAGCAGUGUCAACAGCCGUGGCUUCUGGAUUGUGCUGGUGGCCCAAGGAUAGGUCUAGGAUGCUGUGUGAUUAAUUUGAUCAGUGAUGACAUUACCAGAUGAUCUUUUGGAGCAAUAAUGUGACUCAGUUAAGUACAGUAGAGAUAAUACAUCUUCUACUUUAUAUGUGUGUCUACGUUAUUAAAUCAAUGCAUUUGUUGAUCACAAGGGCACAACAUUGUACAGACAGAGUUGCAUAAUGUUGAAGGAGAUGUUCACAGGAAAAGAAAAUAAUUUUCACUUGGCUCUAUCUGAAGUGGAGCACUUGGCCCUUUUUUCUGAUAUUCCUGCAGCAUUAGUGUUAGCUAUGAAACUUGAUAAACUUUAAAUUGAGGUGAGUAUUGCAUGUCACAUGAUGUAUUCAGUCUAGUAAAUGCAUUCCAGUAAAUAAAAAAAAAUCAGCAUAAGCUCAGCUAAUAUGAUAAGCUUCAAACUCUGUUGAAUAUCAUGUGGCAUGUGACAUAUUUUAUAUUCAUUUUAUCAAACAAGUUUUGUUGACAUGUGCAAUGUACCAUGGGAUUGAAUGACAAGCAAUGUAUUAUUUGUACAACACCGUAAAAGGAGUACACCUGCAGAACAAUAUUUGUGUUAACCUUAUCAAAUACUCCAAAUCAAGCAACCCUCUGUCAGACUGUGUUGCCAUUCAAGAUUAAGAAUGAAGUAAUUUACAAAAGUCAAUUAUUAGAGGUUACAUUUUUUCAAAAAGGGAAAUGUGGGGAAUUGUGAAUAUUAGUGAGCUAGUUUUGGGCCACUCAGAGAAAGGAUUCAAAACUCACUCAUCCAGCAUUGACCGCAUUCAUUUUAUGGGCUCAAGGGACUGGUGCCCUAUUAAGAAACACUUACUGGCAAUUUCUGUCUGUGUUUAAAGUUGUGAAAUAAUAUUUUAUUCUUUAUAUAUUUUGUUCACUGUGCUUGCAUCUGUGACCGGAUGAGCAGGUACUUCAGGAAUUUUCUGAAGAAAAUGGUUCCUAAACUGUUUGACUGGUUCACUCUCCCAUAUGUCAUCCACGUGAAUUCUGCAAUGCAGAUGGAAUAUCUACACAGUUCAGUUCAGAGUUUGAUGACGAAUUGUCUUGAAAAUGGGGGCAAAAUAGAUCCAGGAAUUCCAAUCUCAUAAUGCACUCUAACAAGUUUAUGAACCAUUACCUCCAUACAUAAACCCAACUUCUUGUCUAUCUUGUCAUUUCAAAAUCAACUCGAAAAUUUUGUCAAAGUAACAACCCAUAGCUUUACCAAAUCAGACUUAUAACCCAGGGACAUUUUAAUCUUGUAAAAAUUUAACUUUCUGCACGAUUUCAGGUAAAACUAUUACUCAGUCAAGGUGAUUAUAAAACAAAAUCUGUGCCACUUAAGCAUUUAUGUCGCUAAUCGUAUCAGUAAAAUUAAAGUGGAAAUUUUUGUUUUGUUUUGUUUUUGUUUGUUUUGUUUUGUUUUUGCGUUUUGUUUUGUUUUGUUUUGUUUUGUUGUACCAAAAUAGUGAAAAGACUUGUGUUAUUCUUGUAAUCUAACAUGUAUUAUUGUUAAUCGGAAUACUUCUUAAAGAAGAACUAUACAUAAGAAAUAAUCAGCAUUUACACGUUGGGCUUUGACUAGAAUUUGCAUAUUUUAGGAAUGGAAUUUUCUUUUUGAUUUCACUGAAUAUAUAAUAAAUUAAGAUGAAUCAGUUGAAUGUAAAUCUACUGUUAUUAUAUUAAACAUUUGAGUUUAUUUUUAUAUGAACAUUGGAAUUUAAUUUACUGCUGGUGGAGUCCAGGGGCGUGGCCCCGGAAAGUACAGAAAUGACAUUUUUACUCCUGAAUUUCAAGUCAACUCGGAUAAAUUUUGGAAGUAAUCCAGUUAUAUUUGGGCCCCUGAAUGGGAUACCCAUUCGCCAUUAUACGGUGUUAAAGUGUGAGCUGAAUAUUUCCCGAGUUCCAAUGGUCCAUUGAUAAUGCACAGCAUGCUUGUAAUUGCUUAACAGGGAUCAAUGAACCAGUCAACUGGCAGUAAAGGGUGCUUCAUAAGUAGACAAAUUCACAAAGAAAUCUGGGAUAUUGCUCUGUUUAUAAUUUUGUGGUUUUUGUAGUAAAAAGUGUAGUGGCGGAAUUUUUUGUGAUCCUCAAUUAUAUACUUGGGCCUCAGACUAUAAAGAGGUUUACAGAGUUCUGUCUGUGUUAAAAAUAAUUACAUUGACUUUUGGUUUAGUGUCCCAUAGAUCUUGCAAAACCUUAUCCCUGCAGUGUCACAAUGAAAAAGACAAAUCUACCGAACUCUUCCUAUUAAAACGAAUGUAAUACAGAAAUACAAACUGCUGUCGGUAAACAAUAUAAUAUUAUUGUCCUAUUAUUGUUUGUAAUUUUAUAGUAAUAAACAAAAACGAAAGGGUGGAGGGCUCUAUGAUCCUUUGA